AAGCCUCUCUCUACACACGCUCUCAUCACUCCAAUUAACCAAGCUUAGCUAUAGCAAGCUCAGGUUAAUUAAACAAAACAUGGCACCGUACACCAAGGCCACCAUGGCAGCCAUCGCAGCCAUCGUGCUGGUCGCGGCGGCGGCGGCGGAGGGCGGCGGCGAGGCGGCGGAGACGUGCGUGGAGUCGCUUCUGGAGCUGAGCCCGUGCCUGCCAUUCUUCAAGGACGCGGCGGCGACGGCGGCGCCGGAGGGGUGCUGCGAUGGGCUGCGGUCCCUGGUGGAGGGGCAGGCGGUGUGCCUGUGCCACAUCGUGAACCACACCCUGCAGCGCGCCAUCGGCGUCGACAUCCCCGUCGACCGCGCCUUCACCCUCCUCCGCGACAUCUGCGCCCUCUCGCCGCCGGCGGACAUCAUCGCCUCCUGCGCCAACAACAAAGGUGGUGUGCCGCCUCUCUACUCUUGCCCGGCUCCAUCUGCCUGAGGCAUUGGCGUCGCCGCCCUCCAGCCUCCUCCCCGGCACGACUCCCUCCGGCCUCCUCCCCGGUCACAUUAUUUAAUUACUCCAGAUGGUUGUACAUUUUUAUGAUUCAAAUGGAUACAAACGAUAUCUCUUUGAAUGAAAAAUCAUGCAACUAUUUCAGUCUUCAUGGUAGCAAUGAAAAUAAUUUAUUCUACAACUAUUUCAGUCUUUAUUAUAGCAAUGAAAAUAAUUUAUUUUCUGACCAUAACUUUAUGAACUUUUUUUUAAAAAUCAUUUUGUUUUCAAAUCUUUGUUUGUGCAGCUCUGUUUCACAUUAUCAGGACAGCCCAAAACGCUUGCUACUUCUGAUAAGAACACUCGCCUACUUAUAGUCCCGUUAACUUCAGGAAAAUAGUUGAACAUUUGCCAAUUUAUGUUCUAAAAUUAUCCUUGAAUGUAAUAUAUAUUUUUGAAUUCUGAAUGA